AGGAUAGUGAUAUUUAUGUCUUAUGGUGAACAGAAGGCGAAUCACAGAGUCCCAGAGCAGGGUGGAAGUGCUGAAUGAAGGUAAGAUAAGGAAGAGAAAACACCAAAAACCUGACAGGUGUCAUCGUGAUGAUGAAAAGGAGCGACGCAAGAAUAUAGCCGAGCAGUUUGAAAUACUCAAAUCGUUCCUGCCCGAAACCAAAAAGAAUAGAACACGGCAGGAGGUUCUGAGUCGUACUCGCGAACUCAUUUGGGAGUUAUGGAGGAACGAAGAGAUUUUAUCCUUGGCAAGUAUUGAUCAGAUGGAAAGUAAGAUAGCUGAACUAGAGAAAUUAGUAGUCAUGAAAAGAGACAAGAAGAGGCAACUAGAAUCAAUCAAGAGGACAGCAGCUGAAAGCAAUGACUACACGUUGGCAGAAGAAGAGGCAGUGGAGAUAGAAGGGGUAGUGGACACCACAUCCCGUCUUAUUGGAGACGAUAUAUCGGAGCCAGCGGAGAUUCUCACUGAUGAAUUAGUUAAUAGGGGCGAGGGCUACGUAUUAGAAGAAGUGUUGCCUGCCGACCUUUACGAACAGCUAGUCUGCCAACAAACUAGAUCUGGACAGCAGACCCCAAGUGGGGACUUUAAGAUGGAUCCAGAUGAUGCCAUAUCAGAGGCAAUGAAGAUAGUUCAAGAUACGUUCAAGGUAGAAGAAAUAAACAAUGAUGAUAAAAAUGAGUCUAGUUUUAGUGGAGAUAUCAAGGCACGGUCACCUGACGAGAUAGUUGAAGUGGACAGUGAGGGUGGGUUUGAGAGGAGGUAUUGUGGGACCCCCCACCAGGAGGGUGGGACCCCCCACCAGGAGUACAAGAUGGGGGAGACCUCACAGGAGUUUCAGCAUUUCAGUCAGGGUAAAACAAGUAGUCCGCUACAGAACACGGACACUGUUAAUUGUGAGAACUAUGAUUAUAAUCUAAACGGAGCUGGCAGCGAAACCAGGACUCCAGAUCAAGGCAAUCCUUAUUCUAAGUUCCCCUUAACGAUGCCGCCGGCCCCCUAUAACCAUUACUUCAUGCCGUUUCAACUGUGGCCCGCUUUCGUCCAGCCAGAUCAACAAAUGGCGGGUUUCCCCGGGUUCCCCAUGUCUCUAGUCCCUAACCCUAGUUGUGCCUACAAUAGCCUACCAGUUCCUAUAACUAGCCCGCCAGCACGAUCCUCGCUCGAUCUGCUAGUCUCACCUAACCACACUGGUCAGGUUAUCAUGAACGAUUACAUGGUCUCUGAAGGGACAGCUAAUGUUGAUGUUGUCAACUGAAGGGUCAUCUAAUGUUGAUAUCUUCAACCAAAAGGACAACUUAUGUUGAUGUUUUCAACUGAAGAUAUCCAUUGUUUUUUGUUAAUUGUUUUUAGUCGUUUUUUAUUUUAUUGGUGAUUAUUAUAUUUCGUUAGUGUUACGCCAAUAUCUAAGUCAUUUUAAUGAGUACUUUCCGCUAUGUUUUACUCUGUUCUAACGAGUUAAAUUAUUAUUAUUAUUUGUGGUUUUUACUCGUUAAAAUUAUCUAAAUAUACCAUAACUCCCUCUUAAAUUCGUACUGUAAAGUAAUUAUUGACUCAUUAAUUCUUUGAUGGGAGUAUUUUCAAUAAUAAGGUAGUUCUAUAAUUAACUUUAUUAAGACAUUUUUUUGUGUUUGAUGUUAUAGGACGUAUAAUUUAGGGUUAUAGUUAGUUUUCCUUACUGUUUUUAAUUAUGGAUAACGUCUUUUAAUGGAAUUUUUCAAAACUAAAAGUAAACAUCGUAUAUUAUGUUGAUAUAGUUAAGUAGUUAAUUUAACAUUCAUCGUUAUUUGACAUUUGUGUUUCAAGAUUAGGUAAAUGAUAAUUCUUAACCAUGUCAUAAUUUCUGUAGACGAUCGCGAUAGUAAUAAUAAGAUUACAAGGUAUUAUUUUCAAUAAAUUUAUCAAUA